AUGACAAGGCUCACUGAAGAUGCCGGAGAAACGUCUAGGAAUAUAAGUGCCCAACGCGAAACAAAGCGCAUCUCCGACCUCUGGUUGCAUGAGGUCUACACGGUGCAUCUGGCCGCCAAUACCUGUCACGGCGAAGGUGUCCGCUCGCCUGCCUUCCAUCUGCCUCCACUCUACGACGGCCUUGUGCCGGGCGCCAACCGACAACAUCGGCGUUUCGAAUUGAUCGUCACUAGCGAUUCAGCCUAUGCACAUGGUGUUGAGCUGGAUCCGGAGGGCCGACCACUGGCUCGAACAGGGUCGGGCAAGCAGACUGCCGAUCUACUGAAGGGGACCAGUCAGUCGGCUCUGGCCGCCUUACACGACGCAUCCAUCGGACAAGUGUCGGAAGCACAGCAAGUCAGCUUCUACUGGCAGAUUGGUCUGUCCUGUCUUCUGGCACUUUUCUUUGCCACACUCGUUCUCUUGAUCCUCUUCGCCUUUAUCUGUCGCAGACGCAAUCGCCUACGUCGCGAUGAGUUGUCCGGCAAACGGAAACACACCUCAACAAUCUCAUCAUUGCCGCCCGGCGUCGGCUCGUCGGCGUCUCCGACAUCUGCCGGCCUCCUCACGCCUCACGCAACUGCCGCACUCCAGCAUCAGCACUUAGGGCCCAAUAAUGGCCGUCUCCCAGUGAAUGGCUGUAGUUCUUCGGCAUCUUCGCCCAACAACAACAACUAUGGCUUCACUGUGGCCCCCUCGACCUUUGCCGACACAAGCCUGAUUGCUGGGGCGAUGGGGCAGCGUUCGCUAGCUUCUGUUGACUCCACCACGAAUCCCGCAUUUCACCUGACCCCCCUGCUUUCGGCCAUGCCAACUACCAGCGCCACGCCGGUUGUUGCCAUGGGACAAUCGUUAGACGACCACGCCAAUUGGCCCGGCGUCAGUCUCGCCCUCUCGGGACUCGGCCUCGGUAUGGCCGGACUCGAGACCAGUUCGGUCGGUGAACUCAUCGAGUCGAUGGGGAACGGUGCUCUUCUGAGUACACCCGUGUCGCGCAGCCACUUGCCGCAUGUGCCAGUGCCGCCGGGCUUUCCUCCGCCGACCGUCCAGCACCAUUUGGCCGCAGCCGCGAUGGCAGCAGCCAUGCAGACGGGGGCUUCGUUUCCCGGCCUCUAUCCAGUGCCUCAGCCUGCGCCACGGCCUUCAGCAGGUGCCAACGACCUUGUCGAGCCGGUAGACCUUCGGCAGAUGGAUCUAAUUGCCCAGAGCGAUCCGACCAUUGGACUGCUCUCCGAUGAGGCGGGCGGCUAUGCGGUACCUGUGGUGCCUUCUCCGGCAUACUCUACUGGCAGUACUGCAUUGGCUUCUGGCAAUACAUGUAGGUUCUGA